CAUAAAACAACGCUGCAUGUAGAUUGCGUAGUAAUUCCAAUUUAGAAUUUAAACUUUAUGACUUUGCUCUUGGGAAUCUUAACUGUCCAUUCAAUAAAACACUCCAAAGCAAUAAUUUUCAACUCUUAAUUGAAAUUACUACUGCGAUUUAAGUUCGGAUGAAAGGAUUUGCAUAUUUUACUAGCGUGUGAAAUCGAAAGUAGACUUAUUGUCAAAACAAACCCUGACUCGAGAUUCGAUGUGUACAGGGAUACACAAUAAAUGUCAAAAUGAUUCAAGUACUCCGAAGAACGCUCAUUAUUAUGGCAACUUGACACCGGACCAUCAAACUUCACUGAGCAUUCCAUGUACGUGAAGUUAGCGGCCUAGCGGCCUAGCGGCGUGAAGUUAGCGGCCUAGCGGCGUGAAGUUAGCGGCCUAGCGGCCUAGCGGCGUGAAGUUAGCAGCCUGGCGGCCUGGCGGCCUAGCGGCCUAGCGGCGUGACGUUGGCGGCCUAGCGGCCUAGCGGCCUGGCGGCCUAAUUAUUUUUUCUAUUUCCAAGCAAUUUCUAAAAGGUCGGCAAAAUGGCUCAAAGGGGACAGGCCGUUAUUAUCGUCAACAAAAACUUCCCAAAUCACAAAAGUCCUAGAAAAGGAGCAACAAAGGAUAUUAAAAAGAUGUUUAAACUGUUCACGUUACUGGACUUCCGUGUGAAACCGUACUGGAAUCUUAAAGGGGAGGAAAUGAGGAAAGUUAUCACUAAAGCUUGUGAGCACAAAAGUAACAAAGACAGCGAGUGUUUCGUCCUGGUGAUCAGUUCACAUGGCAGAGAAGAUGUCAACGCUAAAACUGGCUCAGGCGACGUGGUGCACGAACACGUGGUACUCGGGACGGACGAUGGCGUUGUACUCGUGGAGCAUAUACUCAAAGAAAUGGAAAACCCAACACUGAAAGGAACGCAGAAACUCUGUUUUUUUCAGGCUUGCCGAGUGUCCACCCACCGUCUAUCAAUUAUGAAAGAUGGAGUAGACUCGGGUGUAAAUGUGAAAGCCGUCAGCACAGUUGGUGGAGGAUCAGGGGGUAGUGAUGGAGGCAAGGGCAACUCCGAGGGCAUGGACGUCGAGGAUAUAGUGGAUUCACUUUUACAAGAUCUUGAGAAACCAAAAGAAGAAGACACGGCGGAAAAUGAAUGCACUGUCAUUGAAGUGAUAGACCCUUUGUCACUGCCGGACACUGAUGACGAAAGCGAGGAGGACGAGGAGGUUGACACCCAGCCUCUGCAGGACUCGGGACACCCGCCCCUCCCACCCCCGAGGAAUGUUGUCCCAAACUACUGCCCCCGGGACUGCCUCGUUAUGUACCCUGUGCAGCCGCACAAAUAUGCCUUCCGGUCACUCACAAAAGGGUCGUGGAUGCUGUACUUCCUGUACAAGAACAAGGAGAUGCUUCUGAAUGAAAAUGAAAACUUGAGUCUCCUGCAGUACCUUACCAAGGUGGCGGCCGACCUCGCCGCCAGGGACUACAACUGGGGAAGUGUGAAAGAAUUGCAGAUGGCCGCCACCAUUGUUCACAGGUUAACCGCUGACGUCCGCUUCCAACCUUUCGAGCAUGGUAUGAUGUCUCGAUUUAUACAAAAAACAAAGACGAAAGCUGGCUUUUUUCGUAAGCACCAAAUCGUUCUAUAGAGUACUUGCCUUAUUUCAUAAUGUUGUCUUUGAAUGUCCAAGUUUAUUGACUAAGUGUGCGUUGUUUAAACAGAAACAAAAAGAUGAUUUGUUUGAUUUUAAAAUAUAAACAAAUCAUUAUACCAUAUCAUAUAGGUACUUAGUAUAACCCCUAAUUUUGAGUUAUAAUUAAAUAUAGACAAAAUCAUCAUAUUAACGAAAACCUGGUUACACCUGAUUAAGCCUGGUUUAAGAGUUGUCUGGCUUGAUGGUCCCCUGCUAUGCAUCCUCUGUUUAUUGGCCUAGUUCCACAACAGGGUGCCAACUUUCCUCUGUAUUUGCUGUUGGCCAAUUGCCAUUAAGGGCAGCGUAUUUAGGGCUGUGUUCUAAGAAAAACGACUUAUCAAUACCCUUUAAUCGGAAAAAAGCAAAGCGUACGGUCAGUACGAAUUUGUAAAUGCAUAUUUAAAAUAUUCGUUUUAUUUAAUGAGCAGAUGCAUAUUGAUUUUCUUUUUUUCUUCUAAAAAAACUUGUUUUGCAUGCAUAUACAUGAAAGCUGCUUUUGAUUCUGUUAAUAACUUUUUCAAGGAGAGUUUGUCAAUUUUGUUAAACAUUUACUAACGAAAUAAUAGUAAAUGUUACGUAUAAUUAGAGUUAAAAUACUUAAAGAACAUGACUUUCUGUAUUGAGACGCAAACGUAAAUAACAUUUUAUUAUUUUUCAUUAGUUUUGUUAUUGCCAAUUAAGAUCGUAUUUUUUUUUUGAUAUUAUGUGGCUUCAACGACUUAAUCAUACAAAAACAAUUUUACCUGCCAAUUAGCAGUGAAAACAUUCCUUGGUAAACGGAUUUGUAGACCAUUUUAAAAACUGAUAAAAAUGGUUUUUUUUCGCCCAAUGAUUCUAGCUUUAGAGACCAUAUUACUAAUGGUAACUAACGCUUAUGAUGUAGAUAUUGAUUGUUUUUAUUAUACGGUUACUGUUGGCAAACUAGUUAAAAAAAUCAUCUACUUGUAUGUCUAUGCACAAAAACAGGAAUUGUUGCAGAUUCCAAAUAUUUUAUAUCACCAUAUAUUGCUCAUAUUUUUAACUAUAUUGUUGAUUGAGGGGUCUACCCUGAUUCAUGGACUGAACGUGUUGUUGUUUCAAUUUAUAAAACGGGUGAUAUAACUAAUCCCACUAACUAUCGCGACGUAACACUUGUAAAUAUUAUUGCUAAAAAUUAUAUUUAACGUUACAAACUCGUAUCAAUUAGUGAUGCGAAAGUGAGAAUAAAUUGAUAAUGCUCAAUUUGGACUUGGAGACAAGUGUAGUACAGUUGAUUGUAUUUUUACUCUACAUUCUGUUCCAGUAUACAAAAUGUAUUAUCAAACAAAAUGAAACUAUUUGUGCCUUUAUUGACAACGAAAAAGCAUUUGACUCGUGUCAUUCACGAUGAUCAGUGGAUAUUUUUUUAUAUUUACUAUUAUAUUAUAUUUUUUUUAUUAUAAUAAAAUAGUUUUGGCUUUUAGCAGUAACUGGUUAUCUAGGUAUGAUUUGGGAAUUCCACUAAGUAGAUAAAUCUUAUCCGGUCAACCAAUUACUAUGUUGCUUAUUUAGUGUAAUUCGCAAACCACAACUAAAUUACCAGUAACUGCUAGAAGCCAAAAGUGCAUUUAUAGAUAAGUGGUAACACGAAUCUAAUCUAGUUAUCCGUUAUCAUGUUACUUAUUAAGUGGAAUUCGCAAACCACAACUAGUUGGCCUGUUAGUGUUGCAUAGCUAAAAAGCGUAAAAGGUGGCAGUUCUGGGCACUUUCAAGCCUGUUUUAAGUCUAAUGAUAUUUAUCAAAAAAAUGUUUCGCGAAUAUUGACUAGAUAGCUAGAUAAUAAUCGCGAAAGUUAAGUGAUUAACAAAAAACAAUUCGCGAACACUAUCAGGUUAUCUUACGGCAAUUAUAUGCUACCAAAUUUAACACCUUUAACAAAUUUGUAUCUAUCUUAUAUAUUAAUAAUAUUAGGACUAUCAGGAGCCUAGCGAAUUUUGCUUUUAUUGCCAUGUCCAAACGAAACGAUUUCCUUGCUGCCGUUGCCACUGGAUUUGUUUAAAAUGCUACAUAUAGUGGCAUUUAGUUAGUAUUGAUAUAUGUGUGUUAAAGUUAUAGUUAUCAAACACUUAUGAUAUGUUUGUAAAUAUGUUUGAAUGUUGAUGUUUUACUUUCUCUUUUUGUGACAACCUUUGUGAAUUUUUUUUAUCAAUUUCGGCCAAAAUCAUGUAUUUGCUGAUAUUUCCAAUACACUGAAACUGAAACUGAUAAAUCAUAUUCAGUUUGUUUUAUGUAAUUGACACAUGGCAAGUUUAUAAAUUUAAUGAACUCGGAAUUACAAUACAAUUGGAAUUAUAUAAUUAUAUACAAUAAUCAAACGAACGAUGAUUCGAUGUUGUUAUUUUCCUGGAAUGGUAUUCAAAACAAAUACUUUACCUGAUUAAAGUUCCUAACUUGCCGUGUUGCUAUUGUUGAUGAUGUUCUUUUUAAAAAACUAAAUGUACUUUAUUCAAACAACGUUCAUCGAAUAUUGCCCUCUUAAAGCUGCACUCUAACAGAUUGAACGUUUAGACAACUUUUUUUAAUUUUUGUCUUGGAACGAGCAGUUUUUUUGCGUAAAUAUCUGAAAACCAGUGAUCAAAGACUGAUGACAAAAGAUCAGAUAGCAGAUUUUCAUAUUUCCUCUCAUAUUUUGAUGUUUUAUGCACUUUUCUUAAACCGUUAGUAACUGUUUAAGCCAUAACACAUUGAAUUUGGCAUGGAAAUAUGAAAAUCUGUGAUCUGAUGCUAAUUCCAAGACAAAAAAAAUUAAAAAA